UGUGCGCGGAGAAGUAAAAUGGCGGACUUGGCGAACGAAGAGAAGCCUGCUAUAGCUCCUCCGGUGUUUGUGUUUCAAAAGGACAAAGCACAGAAGAGAUCUGCGGAUGGGUCGAGUGCGGAGGAUGGAGACGAUUCGGAUCGGGAUGACGGCGAGUACUGUCCCCCUGUGAAGCGAGAGAGGACCUCAUCUCUGACCCAGUUCCCCCCGUCACAUUCAGUUCCCAAGAAUAAUAUCUUUAUGCCCCCGAGUUUAUGCCAGUCUCCAACUGGUAAUUCCGAUUCAGAGCCAGAAGAGAAGCCUGUUGGGUUUAGGUUGAAGCCUCCAACUCUCAUUCAUGGUCAGGCCCCCAGCGCAGGUUGUUUUUCAGGUGUCCCCAGUCAGAAGCCCAGAGAACAGCAGCGCAGUGUUCUCAGACCGGCCGUUCUGCAGGCGCCUCCAGCCAAAACCCUCACGGAACCAGCCAAGACCAACUCCAGCUGUGGAACAAACGGUGUGGGGAAGUUUGGAGAUUCAUCAGAGAGCCGAUCCGUUUUCCAGAACAACACAGAGAGCUCGGACAAAUCACCGAAGCGAGAGAAAGAUGGGGAAGAAAAUGGAGGUGGAAGUAAAGAAGAUGGUAGCGAGAAGAAUGAAAGUGGACUGGACUCGUCGUUUGUGUUUGGACAGAAUAUCAAAGAAAGGGCAAAGUUAAAUGAGAACAGCACGUCCAGCGGCUCCACGCGAGAUUCUCAGUCCAGAGCAACAAAUUAUUUCUUGCAGUAUAUGGGUACCUCAAGUUCCAAUAAUUCCACCAACAGCUCAGAUAAAGGCGCCAAAUUCGUCUUUGGCCAGAACAUGUCAGAGAGAGUGCUGAGUCCACCUAGAGGAGGCGAGUCGUCAGCCGAGGGCAGUAAAGACAGUUCGGCUCCAGCGUCUGAGCCGUCGUCACAAGAGACCACACCUGAGAAAAAUCACAGUGUAACAGAGUCUCUGGAAGAGUCUGCUGCCGCGUACACCAAAGCCACUGCCAAGAAGUGCAUUCUGGAGAAGGUGGAGGUCCGUACAGGCGAGGAGGCGGAGAGCAACGUCUUACAGAUGCAGUGUAAGUUGUUUGUGUUUGAUAAGCCAGCUCAGUCAUGGGUUGAACGAGGCCGCGGGCUGCUCAGAAUGAACGACAUGGCAUCCACCGAUGACGGCUCGUUACAGUCUAGAUUAGUGAUGCGUACACAGGGUAGUCUGCGGUUGAUUCUCAACACAAAGCUUUGGCCUCAGAUGCAGGUGGAUAAAUCCAGUGAGAAGAGCGUUCGAAUCACAGCUAUGGACACCGAAGAUCAGGGCGUCAAGGUCUUCCUCAUAACGGCGAGUUCUAAAGACGCUGGUCAGCUGGCCGCGGCGCUGCAUCACAGGAUCCUGGCCCUGCGGAGUCGCGUGGAACAGGAAGUUGAGAGCACGCCUGCCCUGCCCGAACCAGACAUCCCACAGUCAAACGAAGACGACAGUGACGAUGACAAGCCCACUAACAACAACAACAACAGCAGUGCCAACAACACAACUGGCACUGGGAAUUCCACCAACAGCGGCAACUGUGAGGAGAGCGAGACUCCUGCGGACGAGAGCACAUAGCACCCUGAACCCCUCCUGGACCGACAACUGCCCUACAGGGUUUUAGUGCAGGCGUCUCUGUGGACAGCCCAGAUCAGCACGGGGGCCCCCCUCUCGGACCAGCGCUGUGGACCCCCAGGGGCCGAAGUCUCUCUCUCUCUCACUCUCUCUCACUCUCUCACCCAAACCUCUUUAGUUCAUUUCCCCCUUUCAACACGUAUUGUAAAUCUGGGAUUAUUUUGUUUUUAUCAUUUUGUUUUUAGUAGUUUUUUUUUUUGUUUUCCUAUUGGACUGCAAAUAAACAAACCCAUUAUUAAGACGUCAAAAAAAAAGGAAGAAAAAAAAAAAAAUCUGAGACUUUUUCCACGUAUGGCUUUGGACUUGGUUGCUCAUCAUAUUGAUGAGUGUGAGGGUGUUUCUCUCUCCCGAUUAAGACCUGAUGCGUCAAGACUGCGGUUUGUACCGCGGGACCGUUUUUUUUUACUCAUUCUCUCUCUGUUUCUCUCUAUCUCUCUUUUCACUGGCUCUCGGCUUCAGACCAUUUCAUUAUGACAUCAUCACACCUAUUGGCCAAUCAGGUGGUCGGUAGCACCACGGUCAUCUGUUUGUACCUUUAUGUUCAGUGUAGUUGUAACAUUACCCCAUUUUUCAAUUGAUUACUUUCAUUUUCACCAACAUCUCCUGGACAAGCUAAAACACUUACUAGUCUGCAAUGAUGGUAGUUAGAUUUCUCAUUGGUGUUAACGAAUAAAGGACUAAACCAGCACGCGGACUUGUGCUGUAGUGAACCUGUUUCUAGAAUUCGCCCCUUGUUACAGAGAACAAUAUCUUCACCCCAAUGUCUAUUGAAACAUCCAAAUCAGUCGUGUAGCUUCAUUUAGGGAUGCAUAAUGUUUAUUUGUUUUUAGUUGGUUUGAUGAGUUUAUUAACAUGUGAAACGGCCCUACAUCUCUGCAUUUGUUUGUAUUUUCCAUAUUCUGAGGGUUUGUAUUGUGUUGGCAUUUUUUUUUUUUAUAUUGGUUUACUAUAUUAACUUUUUAUCAAUUUUUCAUGUCAUUGGAGACGACAAUGUCAGAAAUGAAGAGUUUCUUCGUGUGUUGAAAAGUUUUGAGUGCAUUUAAACACAGGAAAAAAACAAAAGAAAAAAAAACUUGUACCCUUGAAUGUUCUGUACAUUUCUAUGCGUAUAUUAUCACUUACUAGCACACCAUGUCUCCGAAACCUCCUUGACAAAAUAGUAAUAUCAAAGUAAAAAAAAAAAAAAAAAAAAAA